AUGACAUCAUUCAAAUUUCUAUCAUUUGGAUUCACUACGAAUGAGAUCAGCUUUCUGGCAGAGCAGGAAACAAUCACAAUUCUACCCAGGUAUACUAUGAAUGGAACACGAUUGAUUGGGGCAAAAAUGCAAAAUCUAAGAGCAAUGCAAAGACAGGAUGUGCCGAUAUGGCUUGCCUUGAUAUUAAAGUCACAGGAUAAGUGCAAUGUCGUAAUUCCGGACUGGCUUACGGUGAAUUAUCUCAAACAGCGAUAUGAUGAGGAGGUUAAAGAACCCAAUAAAUUCUCAGAGUUACCAUGGCAUUGGCUUCCAAUAUCAAAGAUACUUUUGGAUAAGUGCAGCGAUGAUUUUUUAGAUCACCUGUAUGAGAUUCGAUCGGUUCUACAGGAUCUAAGAGAGGUGCGACAGCUCAAGGCAAGAAAAGGUAUUAAGGAGUUAAAUGACGUCUACUUGCAGUUGGAUGGUCUCAGUCUGAUGGAAAUAAAUGAAAUUAGACCGUUCAUUAUAGAAUCCAUGAAUAAAUUACGCUUAUUGUCCCAAAGUGUAAGGACAGAUCAGCUUGCAGGAGUCGGCGAGGACGAAACACAACAGUCAGUACAAGGCAAGGGAAAUGCCAUAGAUUCUGAAAUAUCAUACGACGAUUCACAAAUAGAUAGGACCACAAACGAAGACUCGAACAGUAAACCAUCAUCUUCAAGAUUUGAUAGAACUACCACUGCUGGUAACGAGAGUGGCAUAUACAGUAGUGCAAAUACGACCAGAAUCGGUGCAACCGAUGAUAGAAUGGACGAUACGGAUGAGAGUGAAGACAGCGAUAUCGAAUAUAGAAUACACUAA